AUGUACACGCCCUUAUGGCAUCUGCGGAGCGAUACUCUUGCAAGAAAUAUUGAGAGCGAAAAGAGCAAGAGCUGUGGACUCAUGCCCCGAGGAGUGUUGCAAGAGCAAUUUGUCGGAGACAUCGAGUCGGACGAGGUGGAUCUUGUGCCGGAGUUUGAUGAGGGCUUCGACCGGACUGACUUCAAGACCGAGUUCAGCCCAAGCCCAAAUUUAGAAAAUCCAGAACCGCCGCUCAGAAAUAAUAAUGAAACGAUUGAUGCGACUACUGUCGACUCUACUUUGCCCCGUGCAAGGACAAACAAUGACAGAAAUCAAGAAAAGUUUUACCUCUACAUAAUAGUGUCGGUAGCGGGCGGAGUGAUGCUGUUCCUAGGCCUUGUUAUCGGACGACUGCUAAUUAGUCGGCAUCGAGCUAAGCGGGACACUAAAUUCCAGGAGAAUAACGAAACUUUGCCAAAUGGGUUCACUGAUGAAAUUUCCGAGAUCGACGCGGAUAUCGAUCUCUCCACCCCCGUCCCAGUUCCGGUGCCCGAGACCAGAAUACCAGAAACACAACUAGCAGAACGAUUACACGGUACAGAGCGUUAUUACACCGAUUCCCGAAUGCCAUUACCGAUGAUGGUCACCAGCGGAGUUGGCGUGGGAGGAAUGGGAGGACUGGGAGUGGGUGGUGGUCCAGUGGGUGGAAUGAGUGGCGUAGGAGUGGGGGGUGUAGGGAUGGCAGGAGGAAUUAACUGCGGAGUCGGGGUACCGAUGCACCACCAAAUGCCGAUCCACCACCCGGGGGUGCGCGUCGAUCUCGGGAACCACAUGAUCGGCGCGGACAGCCUCCACACUAUUUUAUCGACCGAAAACCUCCGAAAUAUACCGACGAACAAAAGCUACUAUUACGGCUGA